AUGGUGCGCCGGCACGCUUCCUUUCCGGCCGCCCCGCUCGCUCUCAGGUGCCGGGCGGGUAACGGUCCCACCUGCAGCUGCCUCCAGCCGGCCCGAAAACCCUCCAGGAACCCGCUCUCCCCCUCCGCGCGCUUAAACUACUGCCGGCCGACUCCUCGCGCCUCGCCCCACGGCCCGCCCCGCCCUCUGGCCCUACCCCGCCCCGCCCCUCGCGGAGCUCGCCGGCCUCCCGGAGCGCCGGUACCUCACGAGCGCCCUCUGCAGCCGAGAAAGAGAAGGUGCAGCCUGGGGGCCGCCCUGGCCUCCGGGCGAAGAGAAACCGCACCACCCUUGCCGGCCGGAGGGCCCACAGCCUCAGUCAGUUGUCACACACCUGUUGAGAACCCGAGUGUUCCAAGACCUGAUCCCUCCUCAAUGAAAGGCAAUCGAGUUGCCAGCUGGAGCUUUACUUUGGGCAGGCCAACCAGCAGCUACAAAGGCUUCCACAGAUUUAUUCACCAGCUCCCAGAACUGGGAUUCUGUGCAAGGCUGUAAUAGAAUCUGGGACUCUGUCAAGCAAGAUUUGCCUCCUUUCAGCUGACUUUGACAUCAGCAUUUCUUUUUGGAAUUUUACACUUUUAUGAAAUACUGAGCCUGUAAUGCUUUGUAGGACACAUUUAGAGCCAUGGCCCUGGGGCAGUGGGAGGGGGAACAGGAAAAAGGAAAAGUUAGUUGAAAAUCCAUUUAUGCCCAAGAUAUCUAUCUCUGUAUAUUUUCUAGGAUAACUUGUUCUUUCUGUGUAUUGAUGGAAUAUACAUCAAGUAAUCUAAUUAAUAUGUUAAUUAGAUAUUUGCCUAAAUUGUAGAGCUCCUCAGGAGCAGGUUCUAUCUUUUGAACAUCUUCCUCCCUUGCCAAUGCCUAACAAAUAAAAUAAGUACUAAAAAAA